CACAGAAAAGUUACUUAUUCCGAUACACUACUGCUCAUUUGGCGAUCGGAGCCAGCGCAACGGUUUAUAGGACCACACCAGCGACAAGGCUCGGCACAUAGAAUCAAAAGUAAAGGAGAUUUUUUUUCAAGAAAAGGAAAGUUUAAAAAAUGCAAGUGCUCGCUGGCAAGAAACGCGUGUGAAGUUUUUCAAAACUGUCCGGCAUCAUGAGCCGACUGUCGUGCUUCGGUGUUCUUCUCAGGGCGUCUAUUGUCCUAUAUCUGUUUCUCAAAUGCUCAGAAGCUCAAUGCACUCCCUGUACUAAUUUCAAAGGUGUUGUAACACACAUAGACAGUACUGAUCAGGUAGAUUCCAACUGCAGCUUGAGCACUGGCAAUGCCUCAGUUCCCUCCAACUUAACUACAGUCAAUGUCCUGAAUAAAAACCAAAACUUCAACUGCUGCUGCACAACAAUGCCUGAAGUCAUCAUGAACCUUACAGCCUCUGAAAUCACAACAUCAGCUGUGUCUCUGAGCUGGACUGAACCAUUCGGAAACAGAUCCUUCUACAGAGUAGAAUGGACUGAUGGCAAUACCAGUUGGCAGUUGAAUACCACAGAAACCUAUUUUAAUGUAACUGCUCUCACUGCUGGAGUGCAGUACCUCUUCACAGUCACUGCAGUGGCUGGAGAUAACACAACUGUAGGACAGAGCAAGACAGUUUCUAAGUAUACAAAGCCCGCAAUCAUCAGAAACCUCAUGUCCACUGAAAUCACAACAUCAGCUGUGUCUCUGAGCUGGACUGAACCAUUCGGAAACAGAUCCUUCUACAGAGUAGAAUGGACUGAUGGCAAUACCAGUGGCAGUCAGAAUACCCCAGAAACCUCUUUUAAUGUUACUGCUCUCACUGCUGGAGUGCAGUACCUCUUCACAGUCACUGCAGUGGCUGGAGAUAACACAACUGUAGGACAGAGCAAGACAGUUUCUAAGUAUACAAAGCCCGCAAUCAUCAGAAACCUCAUGUCCACUGAAAUCACAACAUCAGCUGUGUCUCUGAGCUGGACUGAACCAUUCGGAAACAGAUCCUUCUACAGAGUAGAAUGGACUGAUGGCAAUACCAGUGGCAGUCAGAAUACCCCAGAAACCUCUUUUAAUGUUACUGCUCUCACUGCUGGAGUGCAGUACCUCUUCACAGUCACUGCAGUGGCUGGAGAUAACACAACUGUAGGACAGAGCAAGACAGUUUCUAAGUAUACAAAGCCUGCAGCCAUCAGGAACCUGACUGUCACUGAAAUCACAACAUCAUCUGUGUCUCUAAGCUGGAUUGAACCAUCGGGAAACAGCUCCUUCUAUAGAGUAGAAUGGACUGGUGGCAGUAGAGAUAUGAAUACAACUACCAAUGUGACAGCCUUUAACGUAACUGAGCUGACUGCUGGAGUGAAAUACACAUUCAAGGUCACUGCAGUGGCUGGUGAUAAUAUAACUAAAGGAAAAGCUCAGGAGAAAGCACUCUUUACAAAGCCUGAAGUCAUUAGGAACCUUAGUGUCUCUGAAAUCACAACAUCAUCUGUGUCUCUGAGCUGGAUUGAACCAUCGGGAAACAGAUCCUUCUAUAGAGUAGAAUGGACUGGUGGCAGUAGAGAUAUAAAUACAACUACCAAUGUGACAGCCUUUAACGUAACUGAGCUGACUGCUGGAGUGAAAUACACAUUCAGGGUCACUGCAGUGGCUGGAGAUGAGAUGACUGAAGGCAAACAUAUCAGUGUUUCACUCUUUACAAAGCCUGCAGUCAUCAGGAACCUGACUGUCACUGAAAUCACAACAUCAUCUGUGUCUCUAAGCUGGAUUGAACCAUUGGGAAACAGCUCCUUCUAUAGAGUAGAAUGGACUGGUGGCAGUAGAGAUAUGAAUACAACUACCAAUGUGACAGCCUUUAAUGUAACUGAGCUGACUGCUGGAGUGAAAUACACAUUCAAGGUCACUGCAGUGGCUGGUGAUAAUAUAACUAAAGGAAAAGCUCAGGAGAAAGCACUCUUUACAAAGCCUGAAGUCAUUAGGAACCUUAGUGUCUCUGAAAUCACAACAUCAUCUGUGUCUCUGAGCUGGAUUGAACCAUCGGGAAACAGAUCCUUCUAUAGAGUAGAAUGGACUGGUGGCAGUAGAGAUAUAAAUACAACUACCAAUGUGACAGCCUUUAAUGUAACUGAGCUGACUGCUGGAGUGAAAUACACAUUCAGGGUCACUGCAGUGGCUGGAGAUGAGAUGACUGAAGGCAAACAUAUCAGUGUUUCACUCUUUACAAAGCCUGCAGUCAUCAGGAACCUGACUGUCACUGAAAUCACAACAUCAUCUGUGUCUCUAAGCUGGAUUGAACCAUUGGGAAACAGCUCCUUCUAUAGAGUAGAAUGGACUGGUGGCAGUAGAGAUAUGAAUACAACUACCAAUGUGACAGCCUUUAAUGUAACUGAGCUGACUGCUGGAGUGAAAUACACAUUCAAGGUCACUGCAGUGGCUGGUGAUAAUAUAACUAAAGGAAAAGCUCAGGAGAAAGCACUCUUUACAAAGCCUGAAGUCAUUAGGAACCUUAGUGUCUCUGAAAUCACAACAUCAUCUGUGUCUCUGAGCUGGAUUGAACCAUCGGGAAACAGAUCCUUCUAUAGAGUAGAAUGGACUGGUGGCAGUAGAGAUAUGAAUACAACUACCAAUGUGACAGCCUUUAACGUAACUGAGCUGACUGCUGGAGUGAAAUACACAUUCAGGGUCACUGCAGUGGCUGGAGAUGAGAUGACUGAAGGCAAACAUAUCAGUGUUUCACUCUUUACAAAGCCUGCAGUCAUCAGGAACCUGACUGUCACUGAAAUCACAACAUCAUCUGUGUCUCUAAGCUGGAUUGAACCAUUGGGAAACAGCUCCUUCUAUAGAGUAGAAUGGACUGGUGGCAGUAGAGAUAUGAAUACAACUACCAAUGUGACAGCCUUUAAUGUAACUGAGCUGACUGCUGGAGUGAAAUACACAUUCAGGGUCACUGCAGUGGCUGGUGAUAAUAUAACUAAAGGAAAAGCUCAGGAGAAAGCACUCUUUACAAAGCCUGAAGUCAUUAGGAACCUUAGUGUCUCUGAAAUCACAACAUCAUCUGUGUCUCUGAGCUGGAUUGAACCAUCGGGAAACAGAUCCUUCUAUAGAGUAGAAUGGACUGGUGGCAGUAGAGAUAUAAAUACAACUACCAAUGUGACAGCCUUUAAUGUAACUGAGCUGACUGCUGGAGUGAAAUACACAUUCAGGGUCACUGCAGUGGCUGGAGAUGAGAUGACUGAAGGCAAACAUAUCAGUGUUUCACUCUUUACAAAGCCUGCAGCCAUCAGGAACCUGACUGUCACUGAAAUCACAACAUCAUCUGUGUCUCUAAGCUGGAUUGAACCAUUGGGAAACAGCUCCUUCUAUAGAGUAGAAUGGACUGGUGGCAGUAGAGAUAUGAAUACAACUACCAAUGUGACAGCCUUUAAUGUAACUGAGCUGACUGCUGGAGUGAAAUACACAUUCAGGGUCACUGCAGUGGCUGGUGAUAAUAUAACUAAAGGAAAAGCUCAGGAGAAAGCACUCUUUACAAAGCCUGAAGUCAUUAGGAACCUUAGUGUCUCUGAAAUCACAACAUCAUCUGUGUCUCUGAGCUGGAUUGAACCAUCGGGAAACAGAUCCUUCUAUAGAGUAGAAUGGACUGGUGGCAGUAGAGAUAUAAAUACAACUACCAAUGUGACAGCCUUUAACGUAACUGAGCUGACUGCUGGAGUGAAAUACACAUUCAGGGUCACUGCAGUGGCUGGAGAUGAGAUGACUGAAGGCAAACAUAUCAGUGUUUCACUCUUUACAAAGCCUGCAGCCAUCAGGAACCUGACUGUCACUGAAAUCACAACAUCAUCUGUGUCUCUAAGCUGGAUUGAACCAUUGGGAAACAGCUCCUUCUAUAGAGUAGAAUGGACUGGUGGCAGUAGAGAUAUGAAUACAACUACCAAUGUGACAGCCUUUAAUGUAACUGAGCUGACUGCUGGAGUGAAAUACACAUUCAGGGUCACUGCAGUGGCUGGUGAUAAUAUAACUAAAGGAAAAGCUCAGGAGAAAGCACUCUUUACAAAGCCUGAAGUCAUUAGGAACCUUAGUGUCUCUGAAAUCACAACAUCAUCUGUGUCUCUGAGCUGGAUUGAACCAUCGGGAAACAGAUCCUUCUAUAGAGUAGAAUGGACUGGUGGCAGUAGAGAUAUGAAUACAACUACCAAUGUGACAGCCUUUAAUGUAACUGAGCUGACUGCUGGAGUGAAAUACACAUUCAGGGUCACUGCAGUGGCUGGAGAUGAGAUGACUGAAGGCAAAAAUAUCAGUGUUUCACUCUUUACAAAGCCUGCAGUCAUCAGGAACCUGACUGUCACUGAAAUCACAACAUCAUCUGUGUCUCUAAGCUGGAUUGAACCAUUGGGAAACAGCUCCUUCUAUAGAGUAGAAUGGACUGGUGGCAGUAGAGAUAUGAAUACAACUACCAAUGUGACAGCCUUUAACGUAACUGAGCUGACUGCUGGAGUGAAAUACACAUUCAGGGUCACUGCAGUGGCUGGAGAUGAGAUGACUGAAGGCAAACAUAUCAGUGUUUCACUCUUUACAAAGCCUGCAGCCAUCAGGAACCUGACUGUCACUGAAAUCACAACAUCAGCUGUGUCUCUGAGCUGGACUGAACCAUUCGGAAACAGAUCCUUCUACAGAGUAGAAUGGACUGAUGGCAAUACCAGUGGCAGUCAGAAUACCACAGAAACCUCUUUUAAUGUAACUGCUCUCACUGCUGGAGUGCAGUACCUCUUCACAGUCACUGCAGUGGCUGGAGAUAACACAACUGUAGGACAGAGCAAGACAGUUUCUAAGUAUACAAAGCCUGCCGUUGUCCGCAACCUCUAUGUCUCUGAAAUCACAACAUCAUCUGUGUCUCUGAACUGGACUCAACCAGAGGGAAACAGCUUCUUCUAUAGAGUAAAUUGGACUGGUGCCAGUAUUAGUCAGAAUGUCACAAAAACCUUCACUACCAUUACUGGGCUGACUGCUGGAGUGCAGUACCUCUUCAUAGUCACUGCAGUGGCUGGAGACAACACAACUGUAGGAGAAGACAGUCAAAUAAUCACUUCAACAAAGCCUGAACAACCUGUGGACAUUGUGGCUACGAGACGAGGAACUAGUCGGCUGAAUGUGACAUGGACCUUGCAUAACGGGAGUGUGGACUACUACAGCGUGAACAUAUUUAAUGCUGCUUUGAACUAUACAUCCAGCAAUACCACACAGACCAGGGAGGCCAGCUUCACUGGGUUACAGCCUGGGAGGGUUUAUGAGGUCACAGUGACUGCCGUAGCUGGAGGCUUUAGGAACCAGUCUGCUCGGGUCCAGUUAGCCACCAAUCCCAACCCACCUGGACCCCUCACCAUCACAGAGAGGACAACCAGCUCCCUCGUUGUCCAAUGGACAACCCCGGGUCUAAUGAUUGGAGCGCAAGGCAUCUCCUAUAACAUCAGCUACCAGCUUAAUGGGACUGGUUUAGGAGAGAGAAACCAGUCUUCCUCUACCACUAGUCUCAGCAGUAACCUGACCUCUCUGUCCUCUGGGACUUGCUACACCAUCACAGUGAAAACCAUGGGACCUCAGAAUCUAGAAAGCACCGGUGUUUAUGCAUUGGAAUGUACCUUACCCAAACCAGUGGUGAACCUCACAGCCACCCCGUUGUCCAACUCCUCAUGUAAGCUACAGUGGACUGACCCCGUGGAGGUUAAGAACUACUACACCUAUAGAGUCCAGUACAUAAAGGCUACAGGCCCUGUACCGAAAACAGUCAGUACAAACUUCACACAAGUCACUGACCUAGAACCUGGGACUGGCUACAACUUCACUGUUACCACGGUAGCAGCAACGGGAAGCGAAGGAACUCCAGAACGCACGUUCUGUAACACUAAGCCCAAUGUGGUCAGUAACCUCACGUUUGAGGGUCUGAACACAACCGCUAUCAGACUUUCCUGGCUCAAGCCAAAUGACCACAAACCAACCUACUCCUAUCUGGUGACCAUCUCCAAGAAUGGUUCUGUGGUAGAGAUCUCAACCAUGGUCGAGAUGUACACCUUCACCAAUCUGACUCCUGGGAACUGUUAUAACUGCUCUGUGGUCACGGUCGUCCAGGAUGUUAAGUCUGAUUCAACGGAGACGAUAAUCUGCACAAAACCUGCGGUGGUGAAAAACCUCAUCGCCAUAGGAACAACAACCAACAUGAGUGUGACCUGGUAUAGACCUAUGGGACAGGUGGACAACUACACCGUUACUAUCUACAAAAACAAUGUGAUGGAAGACAACCGUACCAUCACCAACAACUAUCUAUCAGUUGUGUUCCAGAACCUGAAGCCAGGGAAAGUCUAUGUUGUCAAAGUGGCCACCAAUAGUGGACCACUCACUGAGGCACUAAAUGUUACAAAUGCAACGUAUCCCAACCCUCCUGGAGGCAUCAUGGUGGUGGACCAGACUACUGGUUCCAUCAACAUCAGCUGGGCCCGACCCCUGGACAUGGACCUCGGUCAGUACAGCUUCUCUGUGUUCCAUCUGGACCGGCAGAACCUGACGGAACACAACUGGACCCUCCUGAAGAACCUCCAGUCUGGAAGACUCUACAACAUCUCUGUGGUAACUGUAGGGCCGUUUGACUACCAGAGCACAGUGGUGACGACGGCCAACUCUACCAGGCCCCAGUCUGUGAUCAGACUGAUUGAGGCAGGAAUCACAACCACCGGUGUGACUCUAGUCUGGUUUCAACCAGAGAGCAAACCAGGCUACACCUUCAGAGUGGAGGUCACCAACCAGUCUGUCACCACCAACACCACCAUGAAAACCAUCACCGGGGUACAGUCUGGGAGCAACUACACCACCAACAUCACCAUCACUGGGCUACAGUCUGGGAGCAACUACACCUUUACAGUGACAACACUCACAGGGGACGGCACCAUGGCAACCCCGGUGACGGUGUCUUAUUUUACAAGACCAUUCGCCGUUAGUGGUUUGGUAGCCUCUACAGUAAACACAACCACUGUGAAUCUGACCUGGACCAAACCACCUCAGUACCAGAGUGGUUACACAUACCGUAUCCAGACUGAGGGGUGCAUGUCCGCUCCCACAAACCAUACCAUGGAGACAGGAGAGGGGGACCUCAUCACAAAACUCACACCAGGAACCAGAUGCACCUUCAGUGUUUCCGUCAAGGCACUGAACAGCAUAGAGGGAGAAUCCGUCUCAACCUCUCAGUACACAAAGCCCGAGUCUGUCAAUAUGUUCAUCUACAACAAUGGUAGCAACAGUACCAUAGUGGUGUGCUGGGAAGCGCCCAGAGGAAACGUAGAGCAUUAUAUCGUCUAUCUGAACAAGGUCCUUUUCUCAGAUUUGCUGAACUCCAGCAUUCAGUCAACAUCCUUCCUUAACCUGUCAGCUGGCAGAAGCUACACAGCCGUGGUGACCACUAUCAGUGGGCCCUUCAACGCUUCAUCAGAACCUGGAACUACAGCAACUUAUCCCAACCAGCCUGGGCCCAUCCUGAUCUUGGAGAAGACCACUAGUUCUAUCUCUGUGGAGUGGGGUGAAGCUCCUCUGAUGGCCAGCACCACCUUCAGUUACCUAGUGACCUACCUUUCAACGCAACUAAAUAACAAGACGGUCACUCUGACAAACACAAGUCACACACUGCCCAGUCUGUCCUCUGGAACACCCUACAAUAUCUCUGUGGCUACAGUGGGAGUGCUAGGGCUCCAGAGUGAGAAGGUCUGGAGCAGUUUGGUCACGACCAGACCAGAGAGUGUCCGGUCUCUCAGUGUAGUGACAGCAGAGGAGAACAUAACAUUGACCUGGAACAAGCCUGUGGAUCACAAACCAAGCUACCACUACUAUGUGAUCUGGAUCAACUCUGGGUUAAUCGUCAGUGAGACAACCACACUUAUGGAAGACCUAAUCAUCAAUCAAUUGGUUCCUGGUAGUCUGUAUAAUUUCACUGUGACAACAGAGACAGCUGAUGGAACAAAGGGAGCUCCAGUCUCAAACUCCAUCUGCACCAAUGCCAGCCCUGUGUUCAACCUGAAGUGUGACUCUCCUAAUGACCCCAAGGUGAUCCUGUCCUGGACCAAACCCAAAGGUCUGAACCAGGGCUUCCAGAUCACUGCUUAUGAAACCAACCGACCCCCCCAGGACCAGGCACACUAUAACACUAGUGGUGACUGUACGCCAGCCUGUGGCCACACAGUCUCUGACCUUAAGCACAAUACAGACUACACCCUGACUGUAACCACACUGGGCUGUGGGAGUUCCAGCACCAUCCAAACCCUCACCUGCAAGACUGGCGUUAAUGCUGUCAUCGGUGUGGCUGUCGGGGUAACGAUUGGAGUUUUUGCCAUCCUCUUCAUCAUCACCAUUGCCUUAGUCAUCCACUGGAGGAGACAACCCAAGAAAGACACUUCAGACAUCCAGAUUCACUCCAUGAGGUGAUUUCUUCGGAUCUUUCACUUGUUUCUGUCUCAGUUUGGAAGUUAAUGAAACUGUAAUUCUGUAAUUGCAAAAUAAGACGAUAUUUGUCAGUUUUUCUU